CAUACCCUGAAAUAAAAAUAAACAAAUAAAUGUGGUCAGAAUUGAAAAAAAUAAAUAAUUGAAUUUCUACGUUAAUUAUCAAGUUUUAAGAAUGGGAGUUCGUGGUUUAACAACAUUUAUUGCUAAAAAUGCAAGUAAAUACUUAGAUCCACAUGAAUUACACGAUUGUAGCUUAGUUAUUGAUGGUGAUAGUUUGUGUGCUCAACUUUACAAACAAAUUGAUAAUGGACAGUCUGCAUUUGGUGGCAAUUACGAUCAGUUCUUCCGUCAUAUUGUCGAGUUCUUUAAUUUACUUAAGAAAUGUAAUGUAACACCUUAUGUCCUUUUGGAUGGAGGCUAUGAGAUGAAAAAAAUGAAAACUACAAAAGAAAGAUUAAGGUCAAGAAUUGGAGUAAUUAAGUAUAUACUUCCACUUGAGAGCUAUUUAGUUCUUCCACUGUUGAUGCGAGAAGUUUUCGUCAAUGCACUGAAGCACUGUAAUGUCAAAGUUUAUCGAUGUCUCUACGAAGCUGACAAUGAAUUGGCUAUCCUAGCAAGAAAGCUAAAUUGUCCAGUUUUAAGUUAUGACUCUGACUUUUACAUCUUUGAUGGGCAAUAUAUUCCAUCCGUAACAAUUACACCAAAAGUUUACAAAAAGACAGUUGCAAGUAAUUCCAUAGAAGUGGAGAUUAUGUCCAAAAAACAGAAAGGUCAUAAGAAUAUCAAGCAUAAAAAUAAGAAAAUCACGAUUGAAUUAGAUGAUAAGGAUGAGACAGUAGAAGAAACUCAAUACAAUUACCUCGACUGCUCAAUUUACACAAUUGAGAAUUUAACUGAUGGACUUUUGGACAACGAUAUGCUUCCUUUAUUGGCUAUAAUGCUUGGAAAUGAUUUUAUAAGUCGACGAUGGUUUAAUAAGUUUUACAGAAAUGUUCGCAAGCGAAAAGGACAAAAAAGUAAGAAGAAUUUAUCUCCACAACAGAAACGAAUUCAUAGCUUAUUAAAUUGGCUCCAGCACGAAACAUUACAUUCAGCAGUAAAGAAGAUUCUUGAAUGUGUUAAACAAUAUCAGCGUCCAAAGCUUUGGCAUCAAAUUAAAAUUGCUAUGAGUGGAUAUAGAAUGGAACAUUCAAAAAGCUAUGAAUAUUUUGGUUUUGUAGAUGAGAUUGAAGAAUUUGAAGACAAUAACAUUUUGGACAUGACAAUCGAUGAAAUUAUGAAUUAUGAGAGUGAGCCUGAAGAAAAUGAGGAUAUAGAACCUGAAGAAUGUAGCAGUAAUGAGUCAGAACCAGAAGACAUUGAAGAUAUAGAAGAGCAGGCAAAUUCAGACGAGCAUGGUGAUGGUUUUGAGGCUAAAAACAGCGAGGAUGAAGAUUUUAUAGAAAAUGUCGAAAGUGAGGAGGAAGAAGCAGUAGCUGAGGAUGUCUAUCAAAAGAAAAUCUUUAACUUUCCAGAAUGGUUCGUAAAUCUAUAUCGAGCAGCAUCGACACCACGAUUUCCUGUAGACUUAUUUCGCAGUCAUCGAUACAUAAAUUAUCCACAGGUCGAAGAUUUUAAUGGAAGCGAUAGCAAUGCUGUUUCAUAUCCAAUAUUAAAUCUUAUUUAUUCACUCCUACACUCACCUCGAGUUCCACGUCUUUAUUAUUACACGAGAAUCGUUAAACAAGUGAGGUACGAAAUAAAGAAAAUUGAAAGUGAUGUUUUUCCAGUCGUGACUGAUUUUGAUCCCACACAAAAGAAAAAUAUCAAAUUUAUCGAGCAAAUAUUUAAUCGCAGUUUUUCAAAUGCUGGAGAAAUUAUUAGAGUUAUGAAGGAUAUUCCAGAACCACAUCAACUUUAUAUCCUUGCUGUAAUUUAUUGGAUUAAACGGUCAUCAUCAGCUGAUUCUGUAUACCUUAGUGCAGCUAUAGUUUCCUUAAUUACAUUAACAAUUCUGGAUAAAAAGUGUGAAAAAAUAAAUCGUGAGACUUCAAUUUUCCAAAAAAAAUACGAAAAGCACUUGAGAGAAUUAAAAGAAAAGGAAAUUCUGACAUCAGACGACAUUUAUGCAGACAUGGAUCUAAAGUCAAUAAUUAAGAGUGUCACAAAACAAGAAGCUUUGCUAUGCAUGGAGAAUUUAAUUGGAAAUUUUAUGAUAAGCCCUAAAUUCACGAGAAGGCAUGCAGAUUUUAACCGAAAAGUUGUGCAUACAUAUGCUGAAUUACAGUCUAUAGUCUAUAAUAUGUAUACACUUAAUGCCAUCCUUAAUUAUCCAUACGAGAAUAUCAAAAUUGAAAAUUAUUUCAACGGUUUAUUCUUAUACAAUAUGUAUAUAAGCCUAAAAUCUCGCACAAAUCCUAUGGAUUAUAUCAAGAACCACUUAUUUAAGCACUCAACAGCACUCUUCAUAAUUUUCAGUAGGAUUUUGAACACAUGUCUUAAAGCUCUGCCAUAUUUAUCGAAAGAGAUUUCAUCUAUUGAUGAAAAUGUGCCAAAAGUACCGAAGAAAAUCAAGAAACCCAAAAGCAGCAAUAAGAGUGUAAAACAAACAGCUCUCGACAAUGAUUGUAUUAAGAACGAAUCAACAGAUAACGAUGAGUUUGUUGACAUGAAUAACAAGUUCUCGCAGCUGCUGAAAAGCUUUGAAUGAAUUGGUCUUACUUUAUUUGAAAUAUUGAAAUAUAUAGUACUAAAAUUAAUGGAAAUAAAUAAACUUUUAUUACUAAACUAUUCUUUUAAUCUGAGAAAAUUAAUUUAACGGUUUGAACUCUCAAAAG